GGAGGAAGUUGAAGAGUGUGGCACCGGGUGUUAACCUACGGGCUAACGUUAGUCUAGUUAGAUGUAGCUAGCUAGCCUGUAGAUGUAUGUCGAAAUUAAGGCAAUAUGAGGCUUUAAAACAAUAUUUAGCACUUUUGGUGUACAUUUCUGUAUGCAAAUCUAGUUAGCUAUUUUGGUUUUAGUUCAAUGCAUACGUUACGCUUUAGCGUUUAGCCAGCUUGUUUGUUAGCAUAUGGGUGUCAAAGUUAGCCGUGACUUCACCGGGUGUCUGGUUGCCUGAUCUCACAUUUCGGACACGUCAAGUACAGUGAUUAGGGGGGCAGUGAUGUCGGAGCCGAAGACCCCCACUCCAACCCCUGCUGGUGACACAUACAAAGGCUGGGUGUUUAAAUGGACUAAUUACAUCAAGGGAUACCAGCGGCGGUGGUUUGUCCUGAGCAAUGGCUUGUUGUCGUACUACAGGACCCAAGCGGAGAUGGGCCACACGUGUCGGGGCACCAUCAACCUGGCCACGGCAACCAUUGCCGUGGACGACGCCUGCAACUUCGUCAUCUCCAACGGCGGGGCGCAGACGUACCACCUGAAGGCGAGCUGCGAGGUGGAGCGCCAGCGCUGGAUCACCGCCCUGGAGCUGGCCAAGGCCAAGGCUGCACGCAUGCAGGCCGAGUCUGACGACUCGGGGGAUGACUUCUCCCCGUCCUCCGGCUCGGCACCGCCGGGGCAGAGCGGGGGGGCGCAGAGCUCCGAGGUCCAGUCCACGCUCCGGACACUGGGCAGCAAGGUGGAAGAUCUGAGCACGUGCAACGACCUCAUCUCCAAACACGGCUCCGCCCUCCAGAGGUCUCUGUCUGAGCUGGACAGCUUGCGUCUGACAGGCGAGGCCGGGGAUAAGAUCCGCCAGGUGACCGAGAGAGCCACGCUGUUCCGCAUCACCUCCAACGCCAUGAUCAACGCGUGCCGAGACUUCCUGGCCCUGGCUCAGGGCCACAGCAAGCGCUGGCAGAAGGCUCUGCAGGCGGAGAGGGACCAGAGGGUGAGGCUGGAGGAGACCCUGGAGCAGCUGGCCAAGCAGCACAACAACCUGGAGAGAGCCUUCCGGGGAGCCUCGCAGGUCAACACCUCCACGGACAGCAAGGGUUCGGUCUCAGGCAAGGGAGAGGGGAGCGAUGAGGACGAUGACAAUGAGUUUUUCGACGCCAUGGAGGAGGCUCCAGAGUUUAUCACCGUGCCUGCAGAUCCUCAUUUCCACAAGAGGUCGAGUAGUAACGUCAGUGGCUUCAACAGUGAAAUGUGCUCUGAUGAUCAGUCUCUUGACGAGCAGCCGCUGGCGAUCAAUCAAGAGUCUCAGGAGCUUGAGCCAGUGAGGAAAAGGCGGACCCGAAUCCCCGACAAGCCCAACUACUCUCUGAACCUGUGGAGCAUCAUGAAGAACUGCAUCGGCAAGGAGCUGUCCAAGAUCCCCAUGCCUGUGAACUUCAACGAGCCCAUCUCCAUGCUCCAGCGCCUGUCCGAGGACCUGGAGUACCACGAGCUGCUGGACAAGGCGGCCAAGUGCCAGAGCUCCCUGGAGCAGCUGUGCUACGUGGCGGCCUUCUCCGUGUCCUCCUACUCCACCACGGUGCACCGCACCGGCAAGCCCUUCAACCCCCUGCUGGGGGAGACGUACGAGCUGGACCGCCGGAGAGAGAGCGGCUACCGCUCUCUGUGUGAGCAGGUGAGUCAUCAUCCCCCGGCGGCGGCGCAUCAUGUGAUCUCGGACCGAGGCUGGAUCCUGAGGCAGGAGAUCGCUGUCGCCAGCAAGUUCAGGGGCAAAUACCUGUCAAUCAUGCCGUUAGGAACCAUCCAUGCCAUCUUUGAGAAGGGCAAUAAUCACUACACCUGGAAAAAAGUGACCACCACGGUCCACAACAUCAUAGUGGGCAAACUGUGGAUCGACCAGUCAGGAGAGAUAGAUGUGGUGAACCACACCACAGGGGACCGCUGCCACCUCAAGUUCGCCCCUUACAGCUACUUCUCCAGAGACGUGGCCAGAAAGGUGACUGGUGUGGUGACGGACAAGGAUGGCAAGGCUCACUAUGUGCUGUCUGGGACCUGGGAUGAGAAGUUGGAGUUCUCCAGGGUGAUGCAGAGCAGCAAGGGAGGAGAGAACGGCACAGAAGGCAAACAGAAGACAGUCUACCAGACCCUCAAAGCCAGGGAACUGUGGAAGAAGAACACAUUGCCUGAGGCGGCGGAGACCAUGUACUUCUUCACCUCUCUGGCGUUGACCCUGAACGAGAUGGAGGAGAGCGUGGCCCCCACCGACAGCCGCCGCCGCCCCGACCAGCGGCUGAUGGAGGCGGGGCGGUGGGAAGAGGCCAACGCCGAGAAGCAGCGGCUGGAGGAGAAGCAGCGCGGCGUCCGCCGGGAGAGGGAGCGCGAGGCGGCCAGCCAGCGCACUGCCAGCCAAUCGGAAGAGGCCAUCGAUGAGGACUCUUUUACUGACUCCUCUCUGAAAAGCACUCACCAGGACAACUACAAGGCCUUGUGGUUCGAGCACUGUGAAGACCCCACCACCGGUGAACCCACACACAUCUAUAAGGGAGGCUACUGGGAGGCCAAGGAGGGCAGCAGCUGGGAUGACUGCCCCCAGAUCUACUGACCUCAUCCUGCUUAGACUGGAAAAGGUGCCCCAGACCAAAGCUGGCUUCGUCAAAAUGCUUUUCACACCCCACCUACCCCCCCCCAAACGCUGAUGGUUGGCUCUCUGUUAUAAGAGAUCUCAAGGAUGGAGGCUGCAGUCCAGUCUGGUCCCAUUGGGGGGGGAUCAGGGAAUCUUCCCGGUUCUAUUUCGGUCCCGAGCCCCCCCCUCUCCCUUUGCACCAUAUUGGAACGGGGCCCCUAGCAAAAAUGCAAGGUAAGACAGUUGAAGCUUUUCCUAUCAGAAGAGCUGAAUGAAGCUGACGCCACUCCGACCGCAUACAGACAAAGGGACCAGAGACCAAAAUGGAACGGGGCCCGGCGCUCUCAGUAACAGUCAUCCCUUCCCUCUCUCCCUCCCUCUCGGUGAAGAGAAGAGGAGGGGGCGGUCGACCCUCCUUCCCAUACACCAUGUUGUGCCGAUAGCGCUUUCUCGACCCGUGAGACAUACUGUAGUGUCCUCUCCUCAUCCACAGUCUUGCUUCUAGGCCACACCCAUUCUUUUUUUAAAGGGGGUGAACUAUGGCCGAUAUAUAGUUAAUAUAGAAAAUGUUAUUAAAAAAACACUGACCGGUGGCCUUCAAAAAGUCGUGAGAGGUUCUUUUUUCUUCUUUAUUUCCUCCAGAUUUUUCUUUUCUUUUGAUUAGUGUCUUUAACUAAUGAUCUGAAGGAUCCAGUGUUUUGAUUGCGUGUACGAGGGCAUAUCUGUUCUUCCGCCUGAGGGUGUAUGAAUCACAAGGUAGUACUGCCGCCACUACACACCUGCUAUCACACAAAUCAAGCAGGGGCCUAGAAUACUGUAUUUGUUUCACUUUUGUCAGGGUUUUCAACAUAGUUGUUGGUUUGCAAACCAGGGCCUUGAUUUAGUUUUGUGUAGUCUAUGCUCAUGGAAAUUCUACGAUGGUGCAAUUAACUUUUAGAUUUUUUUUAUUUGUUGUGCUUUUGUAGUGGAUCAUAGUUUCAAGAUGGCCUCUCAUUUUAGUUGGUUCCCAAACAUCACAAACAGACAGAUCGUGCCAAACUCACAAAAUGGAAGUUGGGGGAAAAAUCGAACUCAUUGAACGUAAAGCUGGAAUUCACAAUUCCUACCCCUUUGUUCCUAUGCUGAUACUGGACAUAUCUGAAUCUAAUUCAGUAUGUAAUAUUCAGCCCAUGAGAGAAUAAAUAGCAUAACAUGUUUUCUGCUAAGUUAGGAACAAUGGCAUAGGCUGUUGUGUUUGGGUUUGAACAUAGCAGUCCACCUUACACUGUACUUGUUGAGGGUAAAAGCUCAAAUGAUUGUGCCGUAAAGCGAACGUGGUUUGAUGACCGAAAAUGUGAUACAGAAAAGGCGAUUCAUUUGCAGAAGACAAAAUCAAUUUAGCUAGACUUGGUGAUCUGACAAGUUCGUACAUAUGCAAGUGUGUGUUUUGACACCAAAAAAUUAUGGAAUUUACUGUGUGAGUGACUUGAAUAACAAUUUUGUUUGUAAGUGUACUUAAAAUGAAGAAUAAAGAAGCAAAGAAUUAAGCAUCGUUGAAAAUAACUAUGAUUUUAUAAAUGUAUAGAAAUGGUAUUAUAAUAGUGAUAAUAAUUGUAAGAUAGAUUUCCCCCCUCCUUAAACCCUGCUGAAAAAAACUGCUUAGACCAGUGUUUGGUAAUACUGGUCUGCUGACUGUCUAGGCUGGUUAAACUGGUUAUGUGGCUGGUUCAUCAGCUUGACCAGUGUAGCCAUUCGGACUUACCCUGAACAAUUACCAGCUAAACCCUCGUAAUGAACAGUAAAUAGAUCACUCAUAUGCACACCUACAUGCACUGUGCAUAUUGUGUCAGUUUGUAAGUCAUGCGACAGUAUUAUCAUGUACAAUACGCAAUGGGAUACUGUCGUACUAAAGGUAGCUUUAAUGUAAAAAUGGGGAACACCAUUAGGCUACCAAGAUGUGAAAUGUUGUGCUUUGGUGUAUGGUGGGAACCACCAUUCUAUGGGCUACCUAAUAACUUUACAGUUUAAAGGAGUACUGAAGUACAGUUUUGAAGACGGAGAAGCGUCUUCAAAACUGGUGGACGAAAAGCACUAGAACAGAACCAACAGUAUGAAAUGGUUUUAAGCUGAUAACUAGCAUCACCAACUUAGCUGGUCUGGUCAGUUUUUCUAUCAGCUGGGAUUUUUCAACAUAAAAUGAAUGUCUUAAUUCUUGUUCAAAGGGAGACUCCUUUCCAAACUAAUCACUGUGUUGCCAGGCACUUGACAGAUUAUUGUUAUGUAUUUUGUCUUUAAAAAAUGUCUAAAUACAUAUACUGGUAUGUCAAACAGUUGCUGUAACAAGUGUUUUUCAUACUCUUGUAUUCAUUUUUAUUUCCAAUGUUUUUCACUGUUAUUAAUUGGAUAACAAAAAUAAAAUGUGGUUGCCAAAUCAGUUCUUUAGAUAGAAAACAAAACUUGCUUGUUUAGUACAAGCUGUGCAACCUUAAUGGAGAAUCCUUUAAGAUGUUGAAAAUGAAAUAAACAGCAAAACAAAUG